AUGGAUCCGCGUCAUGCCAUGGACGGCAUGGGUUACGACAUCAAUGCAUACGGUACACAACCACCUCAAAUAUUCGGCGCAUAUGGUCACAAUGGAGAAUCCAUGGCCGGUAUGCCAUAUCAGGGAGCCUAUUUCGAUGACGGCCUGGACGGCUUGGACGAUUCGGACCCAAAGAGACGCAGAAUAGCACGGGCGUGUGACAUGUGCCGGAAAAAGAAGAUCAAAUGUGACGGAAAGCUGCCCAAAUGCACCCAUUGCACGAACUACAAAACCCAAUGCGUCUUCACCCAGGUCGAAAAGAAAAGGAAUCCUCCGAAAGGCGCAAAGUACAUCGAAGGCCUCGAAAAUCGUCUGGGUCGAAUGGAAUCUCUCCUCAAGAUGUCCGGGCUUCUGACAGAGGAAGAAGCUGGACGGACCGAUCUGGGCACGCUGGAAAGACGCCUGGCCGACAAAACGACUUCCAGUGCCCAGCCGAGAGGCGAAUCGCCUCGGCCAUCGAAGAGCGGAGGAAGCUCGACUGUCAACGUGGCUGAUUCGCAGCGGAACACACCCAAUGUCGAUGAUCACUCGAGCCCCACCGAGCCAGAGGAUACUCCGGACACAGAAGCGGAGAAGAAGCGCCAGGAAGUCGAGAAUCUUUCCGACAUGAUGUGCUCGUUAGUCACGAAUAACGUCGGAGAGACGAGGUAUAUUGGCUCAUCUUCGGCUUUUUCGAUUUUCUCUAGUAAAGGUAUUGAAUGGGUCAACCAGAAGACCGGCGACAAUUCUUUCCAGGAAACCAUUCAGGAUGCUGUCAACGACGAGGAGAACAAAUGGAUGUACUGGAAGCCUGAGAUUUUUGGAGACAUCUUCGUCCGGCGUGUCUUCAAGCCACUUCCGCCGAAGGAUGAAGCACUGUCUCUCUUUAAGGACUUCUUUGAGAACUUUAACUGCAUGUUUCCGCUAUAUCAUGAGCCAACAUUUAUGCACCUGGUCGACAAGCAGUACUCGCGAGAUCCGUACGAGGGCAGCGGCUGGUGGGCCAGCAUAAACGUUGUGCUCGCUCUUGCCUACCGAAUACGGGUCAUGAGUAACGUUGUACCUCAAGAAGAUGACCAGAAAGCGUGGCUGUAUCUCAAGAACGCAAUGGGUGUACUGACGGAACUCACCUUGCGCAACACAGAUCUGCUCAGUGUGCAGGCUUUGCUAGGAAUGGCGAUGUUCCUAUGCGGUACUCCCAAUCCCCAACCAUCGUUCUUCCUCAUAUCUGCAGCCAUCCGACAAUCUCAUAGUAUUGGGUUGCACAAGCGGGGAUCUGGAUUCAAUCUCAACCCAGUCGAAGCCGAACAACGAAAGAGGGUGUUCUGGAUUGCCUACAUGCUCGACAAAGACACCUGCCUACGAUCUGGACGACCGCCGGCACAAGAUGACGACGACAUGAAUGUGGACCUGCCAUCCAUAGAUCCUCCGGACAACAUCGGCAAUAUACCACUAGAGAACGGCGGCAAGGUGAACCUCUUCAGACUAAUGUGCGAGUUUGCCGUAAUCAGCAGUAAGGUCUACCGACGACUCUAUUCUGUGCAAGCCUCUCGCCAAACAGAUGGUGAGCUCCUCAACACAAUUGGCGAGCUCGACAAAGAGCUUGAGGUCUGGAAAGACAGCAUACCCAUGGACUUCCGACCAGAACACGAAAUCAAGACUUCUCACGCACCAUUAAUACUACACAUCGUGGUGCUUCAUUUCUCGUACUAUAAUUGUUUAACUACCAUACAUCGCAUGUCAGUCCAUCACGGCUAUUGGACAAGUCGACUCUCCGACUACGCGAUACAGGGCUUGAACGCUAGGCCACUCAAUCCCAGAGUGUUCUCGUCAGCAGCACUGUGUGUGGCCGCCGCACGCGCAUCAAUUCAUCUCAUUAAGUAUAUCCCGCAAGGAGAUUUCGCGUGUGUCUGGCUCAUCAUCUACUUCCCGGUCUCAGCACUGGUCACCGUAUUUGCGAACAUACUGCAAAAUCCGCAAGAUGCUCGAGCUCGAGCAGACAUCAAACUGAUGGACCUAGUGGUCAACUUUCUCUCCAACGUCGUUGCCGAUGAGGGCAGUGGAUCGCUGAAGCGCAUGCUCAGUAUCUGUUCCGAAUUCGCCCGCAUAGCACGCAUCGUUAUCGACAGGGCUGAAAAGGACGGCUCGCGUAGGAAGAGGAAAGUCAAUGCCGAUGAUGCGCUGCGGUCGACUCAGACUGCGAUGGCCCAGGCACAGGCUCAGAUUAACGGCAACAAACGACCGCAUACACCACCAAAGAGCUUGAACGGUGCCAGUGUGUCACCGCGAAACCCAAACACAGCGGUCCAGUCGAAUGGACGGUCAGCAUCUCCAAUGGUGCAAAAUGCUGCUGCCAGCAUGCAAAACGCAUUUGAUCCGGGCCAGACGUUCUUCGGCACACCAGACUUUGCCUCGGACUACGAGAUGCCUAGCUCGACAAUGUCGCCGCUCAACAUGGGAGGGGCAUUCCAGCAGCCUUUCCUUCCUCAAGACCUGUGGCAGAUGCCCAUGACCUUUGAGUGGGACUGGGGAGAUUUCGGCAUGGGCAACUUCGUGCCACCAGAGCAUCUGAGCAAUCAGGCGACGCAAUAA